AUGUCACAGAAACAAACAUUCCAUCUUGAUUCACCAGCCAGAAAAUUCUUUGCCUGUCAAUUACAGCACUGUUCAUUGAGCCAUAACGGAACUGAAGGACAAUGGUUGUACAAAAAUGAAAAUGUGAAAUUUUGUUUCAAACAAGUUUGGGUGCAAGGUAUUGUUGUUCUGGUGGGAGCUGAUGGAAAUGACUUUUUACUGGAUGAUGGUACAGGUAUCACGGAAGUCACAGGUGUUACCAAGCUUGUGAGAGAUUUUUCCCUUCAUAAAGGUAGGUAUUGUGGACGAGAUAUUAUUUAAUUAAUGAUUGCAGGGUGUGAAAUUAACUUUUUUUUCUGACAGCCACUCUGCUCCUAAAUUCUUUGAAGAGGUAGCCAAUUCAAAAAAAGUUGGUUGCCAUUUUCAAAGACAAACAAAACCUUUUUUUACACUGUCAUCAUUCUAGAAAUUAAGUUAGGGAAAAGAUCUUUAAUGUGUUACAAAGUGGACACUAGGAUGGAUGAUAUGCCAUGUUCAAGCUCACCUAAAUCCAAGAUGGCAUCUAGUUAUCAAUCAAGAUGCAUGUGCUGCGUUUUGGAAACAAACUUAACAAGGAAGUUUGCCGCAGAUUUAUCUUUGCAAAUCUUGUUAAUUCACUCUAUCUCUAGGUAAGGUUAUGAUGAAACAUUCUAGUUGCCAAUUUGGCAACUAAUUUUCAAGAUUUGGUCGCCAAAGUGAAAAAUUUAGUUGCAUUGGCGCCUGUAUUAGGUACGAUUUCAUGCCUUGGAUUAUCAUACUAGAAAAUGUUCAGACUGUUUCCAGUCCAUUGCUUGUGCCUAAUCUCUACAGUGAUACAUUGAAACCAAUGAACAUCACAGAAUUACUUGAAAAUUUUGUUAUGUUGGAAAUCAAGGAGUAACAAGCAUUUUCUCCAAUGUGAUUGGUGUUAACACAAAAACUGUACCUGAAAUAUUCUAAGUGUUUGCGGUUUUUCUCUGAGAGAUGCAGUGGCUUAUGGUUAGUGCACUGGACUCUGAGUCUAGAGGUCAGACACUGACAGGGUCUUUGUGUUGUGUUCUUGGGCAAAUAGUUUACCUUCACAGAGCUUCUCUCCACCCAUGCAUGUAAACAGGUACAUGGAACCUGUCAUGGAAGCUUAAUGAAGUGAUGGGGUAGCCUUGUAAUGGACUAGACCCCAUGCAGGGGGGGUGGGUGGGGGGCUGGUGAUACUCCUAGUUGCUUCAUGCUAUGGAAACUAAGGUUAGCUUCGACUGGUUGGGCUUCUUAGAUCAAGUACAGACUGUACCUUCUGUAGUGAACACACCAAUAAAUUCUCAAAACUUGUUUAAAAUUACAUAACCAUUGUUAUCUGAAAUACAUAUAGAGAUGAUUCAAAUGACAGUAAUUUACAAUGAUAACAAACAAGAAGAAUAAAGUUAAAGGAAGAAAGUGCAGCAAGAACAUACCUGACAGUUGGGAUAUUAGUGCGAACGAUGUGGUGAUACUGUGCAGAGGUUGGGGGCCAGCAAACUGCUGAAUGACUGUUGCAACACCUGCUUUUACCUCAUGGUUUUCAGAAACUGAUAAUAAGAUCUUACUUCAUAAAUUGUGAUGACUUAGCCAAAAAUCUAUGACUUUUUUUACUCUAUUUUAUUGAUUUUUAUUGAUUUGUCCGCUCUAACCUCUCAGUACCCUUUCAACUUUGCCUAUCCUAGCAAGUAAGCAAGACACAUAUGAACCUAGAGUUCAUAUGUGUCUUAGCUCUCCUCAGCUAAGUUGGUUGUGCAUCCUUGUGCAAAAUUUAACCUGCUAGGCACUGAGACUUUCUGUAGAGCCUUCUCCCUUGCAUUUUGACCAAUGCUCAAUAUCCCUGAGGUAUAUUUUUUAUUUGGUCCAAUAAGAUGAAUCUUCAAAUUAUCUUUACAGGAAUGUAUGUGAUGAUUGCUGGAAGACUGCAAUCAGUAGGCAAUUUUGAUCAGAAACAAUACCCAACCAUCAAGGUUUUGAAAAUUGCCAACCUCAGCAGUAAUCCUCAGAGUGAGAUGUUAUGGAUAGUGGAGGUAAUAGAUGCCCAGUCUAAAUCUGGAAUAAACAGAAAAUAGAAAUAUACCAUAUACGGGUA